AUGGACGCAGAUUGGUCUAGUUGGGAUCUGGGCUCGGCGAGGCGUGCACUCUUCGGCAACAACGAGCCAGUGUCACGCAGGGUAUUGCGACGGCUACAUCUGCGCUGGUUCCAUGCCAACAAGAAGGCCAUGAAGAGGAUGCUGACAGCUGGAGGCGUACCGCCAAAGGUGCUACAGCUCGUGGGCGAUGUUGCGGGCACCUGCCGAGUCUGCAGAUUGCGGAUGAAGAACGGCACCAAGGCGACGACAACCGUCGAGCUCAGCAUUCAGUUCAACGACGAGGUGCAGUUCAAUGUGUUGUUUCAUGAACGUCGUGUGAUUGGUCAUCUGUGCGAUGGUUGCUCCAGGUUCACGGUGGAACGCGAGCUGGUGGACAAGACGAUCGAGGCGCUCUUGGACUUUAUCUGGACCGGCUGUAUACAGGUUUUCGGCCCGAUGGCAGUACUGACGGUUGACGGCGGAGGAGCCAUGGUGUCUGAGGAAGCUGGCGUUGCCCUGGGCCGCAUGGGCACCGCGCCGAAGCUCAAGGCUCCAGGACAAUGCGCCCAGGCUGCGUUCGCCAAGAAAGCCUUCUUGACCAUCGGCGAGGGCACGCCCUGCAAGGCGCGGCGCGGACGUGCGCCGCUGAUGCCCAGGGAUUUUGAUUGGAGUGGCGCUCGGGAGAUCGAUGACGAGGACGGGCUGGCUAUGUUUAGAUAUUAUCAGAGGCUUCGUGAGAUAGCCGCAGCGUCUAUCGUGGAGGCGACCGCCCAGGCCAGAACGGAGCGAGCAGCGAAAGCGAGGACGGCGCCGGCGGCAGAAUACCUACAGCUGGAAGUUGGCGAUCUCGUGGGCUUCUGCAAGCAGGCCAGCGCGCCGAUGGACGUGCCCGACUGGAUGGGGCCAGCCAAG